AUGAUAAUCUUGAUAGAAAGUCAAAACCGGCCAUGGAUGCAUUCUCGAGAUGUUAUUUUUUCCUUAAUCCUUCCAGUCGACGCAGAGUGCGUCCCAAAAGUAACAGUGUUCACAACCGCCCCGGGUGAGAUCAAUUUUAACGAUGAACCUCAAAGCACACCCCUGGGGCAGGGACAAGUUGACGGGGGAGGUACCACCCCCGGGUGCGACAGAGAGUGGAUACUAAUACCCCCUAAGGACCGCUACGUCGCCGUCACCGUGGUUAGCGUUUAUAACAUUACCUGUGGGGACCUAUUAUACAUUUCCUCACACCUUUCCGACACCCGAAGCCCAGGUUGGAGCGUCUGUGAUUUUCGCGGGGGAAAUACGCCGAGAUUGUUCGAUCAGCCGAGAUAUCUGGCAUCCCAUCGUGAAGAAAAGAUUAUCAUCCAGUACCGAAGAGGUUCAUCAAAUUUCAGUGGAGGUCGGGGAUUUGAGAUUGUGUACGAUUUUAAAGAACCCGGCUGCAAUGGCCAGGCAGUCUUAACAGGCUCUCCCUCGUGGCUCGCCACGCACCCAGGGGCAGGGGCAUGGGCGGUUGAAGCUGACCUUCACUGCGCAUGGCAGAUAGUGGCGCCCCCUGACCAGUUCGUUUCCAUACACUCUCACAAUGUCUGGCUCCACUGUUCGUCGAAAUGGCAAACCCUUGAAGUCUACGACGCGCCAAAAGAAUUGUCGUCUGCUUUGAUGGCAAGGAUUUACUGCACAGAUCAGAUGGUGUCAGUGGCCUCCUCAGGGAGAUACAUGUUCCUUAAGUACGACGACCGCUGGGCAAGUAACUCACUGGGAUUCAACCUAACUUACCAAUUCCAUAAACGCCGCCAGUGCGGGUGCGGAGGUGACUAUGAGCUCACGGCCCCCACGGGGACUCUCCUCUCCCAUAAGGAUUUUGACAGCUCGGACGGGAUGUUGGUUCGACAGAAGUAUCUACCUUGGUCUCGGUGUCAGUGGCUCAUUCGUAUGCCUGCAACUGCUCUGGUGACGCUAAGAUUUGACCAUUUCGAUGUUCGAGGCAAGUCUUCCGCCGGCCUUUGCUAUGGGGAUAUGUUGGUUGUCCACGACGGCAGUUCCAAUCGAACUAUUGGACAAACUUUCUGCGACAGUUACCAGGAGCCAUUUUCCCUGACGUCGACAAGCAGUAGACUCGGUGUGAGGUUCUUAACCGGACCAAUGGAAAGUAUGGAUACCAGAGGAACGGGAUUUAUUUUGACCCACUUUGGUUAGUUUUUUAUGUUCAAAGUUUUCAUUUUGAUUCUAAAUGUCUAAAUGGUUUUCAUUCGAUGCAAGCUCAUCUGAAACGCACUUCUGUUAAUCAAACCAAUUUAGAUAAACGUUUUGAUUUUACAC